GGCACCCUAAGCUGAUCUGCACUGUGCCUUCAGGCUUCCUUGCUACUUAUCUAGAGGGAAGAUACUGAGGCUCAAGGAGUCAGUGACUUGCUGAAGGUCACACCGUUGGGAAAUGGCUGAGUUCACUGCAAACCACAGUGUGGGUUUUUGUUGUUUUGUUUUGUUUUGUUUUUUGGUCCCUGUCUCAGGAUACCAGCCCCACCCAGAAGUCCUCUUGCCCUGACUGGAGGAGAGAUGCCUUCCUGAGCAUCUCUUUUGCUUCCUGGUUUCUGUGCUGAGUUCUCAUAAAUCUGUCACUACACAGUGCCUCUCACUGGGCUCCAAGGAAGAGCAAACAAGCACUUGCAGGAAAGCAGUAAUUCACUUGAGAAUGGCACGCAAUGGGGGACUCUAGGCCCCCUCAGUGGCUUGGGGCAAGCUUCUUGCUUUGGUUUGACCCCAUGAAAUAUGAAUGACUCUAGAGAGGAUACAGCAGGUUGGAGCAGAAGUACCCCAAAGGUUACCAGACUGGAGACCUGGAAUCAUCAGGGGUUUCCUGAGAUGACUCUGCUGCCGAAGAAGCCCUGCAAGUCCAAGGCCAAGGGGCUCCUGCUGGGAGCUCUCUUCACCAGUUUCCUGUUGCUGCUGUACUCCUACGUGGUGCCUCCACUGUAUCCCCACAUGGCCUUCACGACCUCAGAGGCUGCAGCACCCUGCUCCCCUGUUCCCAAUGAGCCAGUGGCAGCCACUCCCGCCAACGGCUCUGCAGGAGGGUGUCAACCUCGGCGAGAUAUUGUGUUCAUGAAGACGCACAAGACCGCCAGCAGCACACUGCUCAACAUCCUGUUCCGCUUCGGCCAGAAGCACGAGCUCAAGUUCGCUUUCCCCAAUGGCCGAAACGACUUCCACUACCCGUCAUACUUUGCACGAAGCCUGGUGCAGGACUACCGGCCUGGGGCGUGCUUCAACAUCAUCUGCAACCACAUGCGCUUCCACUACGAGGAAGUGCGCGGGCUGGUGCGGCCGGGUGCCACCUUCAUCACCGUCAUCCGCGACCCUGCUCGGCUCUUCGAGUCCUCCUUCCACUAUUUUGGAUCCGUGGUGCCGCUCACCUGGAAGCUGUCGAGCCGCGACAAGCUGGCUGAGUUCCUGCAGGACCCCGAUCGCUACUACGACCCGAGCAGCUACAACGCGCACUACCUCCGCAACCUGCUCUUCUUCGAUCUGGGCUAUGAUAGUAGCCUGGACCCCGCCAGCCCGCGCGUGCAGGAGCACAUCCUGGAGGUGGAGCGCCGCUUCCACUUGGUGCUGCUGCAGGAGUACUUCGACGAAUCCCUGGUGCUGCUCCGAGAGCUGCUGUGCUGGGACCUGGAGGACGUGCUGUAUUUCAAGCUCAACGCGCGGCGCGACUCGCCGGUGCCGCGGCUCUCUGGCGAGCUGUACCGCCGAGCCACUGCCUGGAACCUGCUGGACGUGCGCCUCUACCGUCACUUCAACGCCAGCUUCUGGCGAAAGGUGGAAGCUUUCGGGCGUGAGCGCAUGGCGCGCGAGGUAGCCGAGCUGCGCCAAGCGAACGAGCACAUGCGCCGCAUCUGCAUAGAUGGCGGCCAAGCAGUUGGUGCUGAGGCCAUCCAGGACUCAGCCAUGCAGCCCUGGCAACCCCUGGGCAUCAAGUCCAUCCUGGGUUACAACCUCAAGAAGAGCAUCGGGCCACAACACGAGCAGCUUUGCCGGCGCAUGCUCACGCCCGAAAUCCAGUACCUGUCUGACCUCGGUGCCAAUCUCUGGGUCACCAAGCUCUGGAAGUUCCUUAGGGACUUUCUAAGGUGGUGACGUACCCUGCCCACCUCCUGUUUGACUUCCUGGUGCAGCAAGGCCGGGCAGGGAGCCUCUGGCACCUAGCCUUCCCUAGCCACGCCUAGUGCCACCCUGGGGUCCCUAGGGUCAUAGCUGUCUGGGACUAGUCUCUCUGCACGAGAGGGCCUAACGGAGAGGUAUUUAACUAAUUAUGCCAUUUUUUUUAUUAAAUCCCCUUUAUUUCCAGCCUCCUCUUACAAGGGGAGACUCAGAAGUAAAGACAUUUUAUGUGUU